CGGAAGAAUUGUGAGGUUAGGAAACUUAAACAAAAACAACAACAAAAGUUUCUCUCUGGAAAAUAAAUCCCCUUUCACUGCAAAAUAUUGAGAAAAAUUAAACUUUAGACGUGAUUGUGGAAAGAUUAAUUCAUCCGUGAGCCAUGUCUAUUGAAAUUGAGUCAGCAGAUGUUAUCCGGCUAAUUCAGCAGUACCUCAAGGAAUCCAACUUGCUGAAGACGCUUCAAACAAUCCAGGAGGAAACGGGUGUUUCCCUGAACACGGUUGACAGUGUCGAUGGAUUCGUUUCAGAUAUCCACAAUGGGCACUGGGAUACCGUCCUGAAGGCUAUUCAAUCCCUCAAACUUCCCGAUAAGAAGCUCAUUAAUCUCUAUGAGCAAAUAGUGUUGGAACUGAUUGAGCUACGUGAACUGGGGGCAGCUCGUUCGCUUCUCCGGCAAACGGAUCCGAUGAUAAUGCUGAAACAGCAGAAUCCCGAGAGGUAUAUGCACUUGGAGAAUAUGCUGCAACGCGCGUAUUUUGACCCGCGCGAGGCCUACUUGGAGGGAAGUAGCAAAGAGAAGCGUCGGGCGGCAAUUGCGCAGGAAUUGAGUGGGGAGGUGUCUGUGGUGCCAUCUUCGCGUCUCCUAGCACUCCUGGGGCAAGCUCUCAAGUGGCAGCAACAUCAGGGAUUGCUACCGCCGGGAACGACAAUUGAUUUGUUCCGCGGCAAGGCUGCUAUUCGUGAUCAAGAGGAGGAGAUGUGCCCCACACAGCUGGCGAGGCAGAUUAAAUUUGGAUCCAAAUCGCAUGUGGAGUGUGCUCAAUUCUCACCCGAUGGGCAGUACCUGGUCACUGGGAGUGUCGAUGGCUUCAUUGAGGUGUGGAACUUCACAACGGGGAAGAUGCGGAAGGAUCUCAAGUAUCAAGCACAGGAGCAAUUUAUGCUGAUGGAACAUGCUGUACUCGCCAUGGCUUUCUCGCGUGAUAGUGAAAUGCUGGCAACGGGCUCCCAGGAUGGGAUGCUAAAAGUGUGGAAGAUCAUCACAGGGCAGUGCCUCAGGCGCUUCGAGAAGGCUCACUUUAAGGGUAUCACUUGCCUGCAAUUCUCACGCGAUAACAGUCAGAUCCUUUCGGCCUCCUUUGAUCACACAAUCCGACUGCAUGGACUCAAAUCCGGGAAGAUGCUGAAGGAAUUCAAGGGGCACACGUCCUUUGUGAAUGAGGCUGCUUUCACGGCUGAUGGCCACAACAUUCUCAGUGCUUCCAGCGAUGGAACAGUCAAGGUGUGGUCACUCAAGACAACCGAAUGUGUCUCCACAUUCAAGGCAUUGGGCAAUGAGCUUGCUGUCCACACUGUUCUGCUGCUGCCGAAGAAUCCGGAACAUUUUAUCGUUUGCAAUCGCAGCAACACCGUCGUCCUCAUGAACAUGCAAGGACAAACCGUGCGCUCCUUCUCGUCCGGAAAGCGCGAAGGUGGUGCCUUUAUUUGCGCCACAAUCUCACCACGCGGGGAAUACAUCUACUGCGCUGGGGAGGAUCUCGUGCUCUACUGCUUCUCCAUCACUUCCGGAAAACUCGAAAGAACGCUCAAUGUGCACGAGAAGGACAUUAUUGGUCUCACCCAUCAUCCCCAUCAGAAUCUCCUUGCCAGCUACGGGGAAGAUGGUGUAUUGAAGCUGUGGAAGCCCUAAGAAAGACGCAAAUUUGUAUUUUUUUCUUCUUAAUUAUUUAAUUUCAUUAUAAGCAAUCCAUAUGGCAAA